AUGACUCACGCCCGUGCCCCCCAUUUUCUGUGGCCCUACGCGGUUCGGUACGCCGCUCACCAGCUGAACCUCUGGCCACGUGUCUCUCGGCCAGAGGCUUCACCGACCAGUCUUUGGACCGGGUCCCCUGGUGCUGCGUCGCGUUUUCGUGUCUGGGGUUGCUUGGCUCUUGUAUGGGACACCUCCAAGGACAAGAUCUCGUCUCGCGCCAUUCCUUGUGUCUUCCUUGGUUUCCCAGAGGACUCCUCUGACUUCACCUUUUACCACCCUCCCCUUCACCGGUUCUUUGACUCCUGUGAUGUCUGUUUUAACGAGUCUAUCCCCUACUACGUCAGGUACCCCUGUCGAGGUCUCCCGGUUCCUCCUCCCCCUCUCCUCCUCGCUUUUGCUUCCCCUCCUGCUCCCCCAGUACAGCCCCCCCCCCCCCCCCUUGGUCCCGCCCCAUCAGGUGUGUCUCACGCUACCCAUCCCCCCUCGGUAGCCCCUCAGGUGCAGCCUCCUUCCCCGCAGUCCUCCUCACAGCCUACUGCAGACCCUGCGGGAGCCGGUGUUCGUGGCGAGGACCCUGGAGGUGCUAGCUCUAGAGGAGUUGGAGUUGGAGCUGAGAGCGUACCUGUGCGAGGUCUUGGUGUUGGGGGUGCUGGAAUUGGAGCUGAGCCCGUGGCUGCAGGAGACUCUUGUCUUCAGGGAGCUGGUGUUGGUCGUGCUGUCCCUGGGGGUGCUACGACUAGGGGUGAGCCCUCUGCUGCACCUCGAGAGCGUGGAACUUGCCCUCUUACUUUUGGUGGUGUUGGCUCUGGGGGUGGUGCACUCCGUGCCUUGGCAGGUAGUCCUGGAGCUGCUACUGCCCCGGACACUGCUCAGCAGCCGCACCUCUACCCAGCAACAGCAGCGGCUACAAGAGCAGCAGCAGCGCGAGCAGCAGCAGCAACAGCAGCAGCAGCAGCAGCAGCAACAGCAGCAGCAACAGCACCAGCAGCAGCAGCAGCAGCAACAGCAGUAGCAACAACAGCAGCAGCAGCAGCAGCAACAGCAGCAGCAGCAGCAACAGCAACAGCAGCUGGAGGUGCAGCCGCAGUAGCAGGAGUAGCAGCAGCAGCCACCUCCUCCUCCUGUCUCUGGUCUUUGGACCCUCGGUCUCCCCUCUCCCUCUCCUUCCUCCUCCCCCUCUCCUCCCAUCUCUGGUCCUCCGCUUCCUCCUCCUGA